UUACAGAAGUAUAACCGCGAACAAGACGCCUGGAAAUAAACUGUAACAAGUUACUGCGGACAUCUGCCUUGUUAUUGAGUCACUUCAUCAUUGCCUGUCAAGCUCAGCUGUCAUGAAUCCCGCAACCAGCAGGCACGAUACAAACACGCCAGAGCGCUACACCCCCCAGGCUUCGUCUUCUUCAUCAGGAGCAGGAGGAAGUGAACAAACAGGAGGUUUGUAUCUAAAUGCCUAUGAAGUCUCGUUUCCCCUUGAAGAGAGUGUGGAGCGCCCAGCUGCCUACCACCUGAACCACGGUCAGCAGAUGAUUGAAGAGCCGGUGGUACAGGAGUCCCUUCACUCCCAGUACAGCCCUUUCAUCCUGAUUUCUAACCUGCGGGCUCACCUCUACGUCUCUCUGGAGAAGAAUGCCUGGCUGCAGAAACGCAUUGAAGAGCUGGAAGAGGAGCGAAACUUCCUGCGCUGUCAGCUGGACCGCUUCAUCGUCAGCAUGAGGAGUCCAGAUGUGGCAGACUGGAGUGGAGACGCCCAGCGUACUGUGAAAGUCCAGCCUGCCAGCUCUCCAUCUCCUCCUUCCCCGAUGACCACCAGGUCGGGGAUGGCCCUCAAACGCCUCCAGGGCCCCGGAACUCGGAUCCGCCGCAACAUCGCUGUCCCUGUCAAGCAGGAGUUUCAUCUUGAAGAAGACAAAUAUUACACAGAGGAAGAGUAUGUUGAGGAAGAGGGGGAAGAAGAGGUGGAGGAUGAGGAAGACUCGGCUGUGGAGAGCGGGUCAAAGAAGAAGAGCCGAGGGCGUAGCAGCGGCGAGCCGAGGAUGAAGAUGAGGAGGAUCUUCAGGAUCACACAUGGGAGGGAGAGGCAAAGAGUUAAAGACCCAGAUGGGGUUCUGAUUCGUUAUAAGAAGAUCCUGUCCACAUACCAGCGGGUGAGGAGCAUGUCCAAAGCCUUCCAGAUCCACGGAGUCGACCGAAACACAAUGGCCUCCACCUCCCCGAUUGCUGAGCUCCUGCUUGUGGCCCCAGAAAAGGUGUUACUGUCACUUUUAUGA